GGCCUUUUUUACCUAACCUUUUUGAAAUCCACACAUCUCUUCACCGAUCUUGACUACAUCACACACUGCAUAACCACCCCCUUUGAUAACGCAUCACGAGAGAUCUCUCCUUCGCCGAGCAGGUCUCAUUGUUGCUGACUAGUUGUAAGUAUCCGUCUUUCACCCUCUCUCUGCACAAAGCGCGCUCCCGCUGCCCCGCGAAACAACAGCAGCCUCUGAUUACUGCCACUGUCGCUGUCAUCAUUGUCGCAGCCUUGCUUUCCCUUGGUACCACAACUCCCGGCCCACUCUCAGCUGUUUACCUGUUCAUUUUGGCUUCCCCUUUUGCGGCAGCCUAGAGUAUUUCGCAGGCCUAGGACGCUUCCUCUCAACACGCCUGGUUGCUAUUGCACUGGCUGCGGCUAAACAAUCGAUCUGUCCUUAGAGGUGCGAGCGUGUUUAUAUCUCGCCUCAUCUCGCCUUGCUGCUGCUGCUGCUGCUUGAUCAAUGCUGUCUCCGUGACACCACGUCUUCAUUGAUCACAUCACAAGACUAACAUCGUCACCCUUCGACAGAUCCACAAACAUUCUCUCAUUGAGAACAUAGACCUAAUACUUUCUCGUCGUAUUCAUCAAAAGCAGUCGCCACCAUGGGUCUCGCAUUCUCUAAGAUAUUCGAUAAGCUUUGGGGGAAGAAGGAAAUGAGAAUUUUGAUGGUCGGUUUGGACGCUGCCGGAAAGACCACCAUUCUUUACAAGCUCAAGCUCGGUGAAAUCGUCACAACCAUUCCUACCAUUGGUUUCAACGUCGAGACCGUCGAGUACAAGAACAUUCAAUUCACCGUGUGGGAUGUCGGUGGACAGGACAAGAUCCGACCUCUAUGGCGUCAUUACUUCCAGAAUACACAGGGUAUCAUCUUUGUUGUUGACAGCAAUGAUCGAGACCGUAUUGUCGAGGCUCGCGAGGAGCUGCAACGCAUGCUUAACGAAGAUGAGCUUCGAGAUGCCAUCUUGCUAGUCUUUGCCAACAAGCAAGAUUUGCCUAACGCCAUGAAUGCUGCUGAGAUUACUGAUAAGCUUGGCCUUCAUGGAUUGAGACAGCGCGCUUGGUACAUUCAAUCGACCUGCGCUACUUCAGGUGAUGGCCUCUAUGAGGGUCUCGAGUGGCUUGCCACCACUCUCCGUAAGGCUGGACACCAGUAAAGGAUAUAACAUGACAGUGUUUCGAUCAUUCGACCCUUCUCUCAUCCUCGCUGUUCAUGGAUCGGUUGUAGCUCUCAGGUCAACCCGGGAGCGGACACGAUAUAGUCAUAAAUCACGCAUCUAGGUAACCUUUUUCUCUGAUGGUUGUGGUGGUCCUACAAAGUGAACCUACCGCUCAUUCUAUGCAUGACCUAUUGCGGUCUAAUACAGAAAGUCUGCAUUCGGAAAGAGUGAGGGAGUGGGAAUACUGGGAUCGAACUUGUAUGAAUUUGAUGUUAAAGACAGCAAAAGAGAUCUUUCUGCGUUUCUUCCAGCACAUACAUACAGCAAAGCUGAUUUUCCGCAAUCGGUCCAACUGGGCGUGAUACAUCCAUAUGUGAGCUCACUAUAUCAAUGUGUUUCUGUUGUGCUUGCUUUAGUAAGGGUGCUUCUUAUAUACUAGUGCAGCAAGCGUCAUACUCUCUGCAUCUCCAACCAUGUGUUUGAUAUAGAGCUACAGCAAUCCGUACCCUGUAAUCAAGUUAUCUGCCUCUGGAGGUACCUCGAUUAGUAAUAGAUGCCUAGUCAGAGGGUCAGUUGAGGACACCUAUACUUGUCUCAAUAGAGAAACCCCUCCCAAACUCGUCAUAGCACCAACAAGUAGCCUUGGGUUGGGUUCCUU